ACUAGAUUGGCAAGAAUGAGUCAUUUUGCCAUCGCGUCGUCUGCUCGUGGUACCAAAACUGCAGCCAUGUCUUCAACCUCUCUAGUUGUUGUUCUGAAGAACUUUUAUGAAGAAUAUAUGAAAAAUACCCCCAAGAAGUUGAAGAUUGUUGAUGCUUAUCUGUUCUAUGUCCUGCUCACUGGAGUUAUUCAAUUUGUAUAUUGCUGCCUCGUUGGAACUUUCCCUUUCAACUCUUUCCUAUCAGGAUUCAUAUGUACGGUUGGGUGUUUUGUUUUAGGAGUGAGUUUACGACUUCAAGCAAACCCUCAGAAUAAGAUGCAGUUUCUUGGGAUUUCUCCAGAGCGUGGUUUUGCAGACUUCAUUUUUGCACACAUCAUCCUCCAUCUUGUUACUGUCAACUUCAUUGGAUAAGAUUCAGAGCAUUAGAGUUCAUAUUGUGUUAAUUAUUUUUUUUUUUUAAACUUCCAAUUUAACCACUGUUUGUGAUAUUUAGUAUGUAUGACAGAAUUAUUUUCAAAAUGGUGCAUGACAUUUCUUUAAAUAAAUUGUAUUAGUAUA